ACACACUAAGUCUGCAUACUGGAAUGGCAACAACAGAGGCGCCUCCCCUUGGGCACAUCUGGAACAGUGGAAGAGCAGAGAAGCACAUAGCAGCAGUCUGUCUGAGCCUGUUUCUAUCACUGGACAAAUAGGACCAAGUCACAGAAUUGGAUACCGUUCUCCUGCAGGCUAAAGGUGCAGCUCCUCCACCUAACUCCGGACCGGCUGGUUUCCUGAACACACUCUGGCAGCUGCAUUAACGCUACUCGGAUCGAGGAGUCAAACUUCAGCCUGCCCAUCAUCACUGACUGACAGCACCCACUAACUGCAGGAUGCCAUUAGGAGGAGGAAACAAGUGUGGCCGCUGUCAGAAGACAGUUUACUUUGCGGAGGAGGUACUCUGUGACGGGCGGAGCUUCCACAGGUCCUGCUUCCUGUGCAUGGUGUGUGGGAAGAACUUGGACAGCACAACUGUUGCUGUUCAUAUGGAUGAAAUCUACUGCAAGGCAUGCUACGGAAAGAAAUACGGGCCAAAAGGCUACGGUUAUGGCCAGGGUGCAGGGACCCUGAGCAUGGACAAGGGAGAGUCUCUGGGUAUAACACAUGAACAACCCGGUCCUCAUCGCCCUACCACCAACUCAAACCCAUCCAAGAUGGCUCAGAAGUUUGGAGGCUCAGACAAGUGUCCUCGCUGUGGCAAGGCCGUCUAUGCUGCGGAGAAAGUGAUUGGAGCUGGGAGUUCAUGGCAUAAGAUUGGAUGUUUCACCUGUGCCACAUGUGGGAAGAGCCUCGAGUCAACCACACUAGCUGAUAAAGACGGUGAAAUCUACUGCAAAGGGUGUUAUGGCAAAAACUUUGGUCCCAAGGGAUUUGGAUACGGAUUGGGCGCCGGGGCGCUGGCGCACACGCAGUAGAGCCGACUAGUUUCCACAGCACUGCGGUACAAUCUUCUUCCUGCAGAGGGCAGAUUGCUGCCAGUAAACAUGUAGGCUACCUGACACACGCUUGAUUAAAAAGCUGCUUUAUAAACUCUACAGUGGAACAGAUGCCACCAUCUUAGUCGCAUACAAGUUAAAGGUGUUUAAUUCUGCUUUUAUAUUAAUCUUGACCCAUACAUCACACUCAAUACUGAAGUAUCUAUCUAUUUAGAGCUGCUUUGAUGAUUUGCACUAUCUGGUCUAACUGAAAUGUAUCAUCCUCUUAUUCUCUUGUCGGGCUGUUUUUCUCUCUCCAAACGAAAUCUCGGUAUCACAAGAUUCACAACAUGUUGCCUGUUUUUAUGUUAUGCCUUCCAAACAGCAUGAUAAUAAAUACAAUGGAAAAAAAAUAA